CCCCUCAUCCCCGCUGGCUGCCUCUUCCUCAAUAUGCUGCUCGAUUAAGACGCGACAACAUCGCAAAUCCAUCUCCAUUGAGCUCAUAUGACCUCAUUCCUCCUUGAAGUAUCCACAGGCUAGAGACGUCUUCCCAUCACAAACUAUCUACCAGCGAGCCAGCCUACUCAAGCGACCGCGUGAGCCUUGCACUUACACUGUCGAGUCCAAAAUGACAACGAAAAGCCCGUUUGUCCGAACAUACAACGCAUCAACCGAUUUCGAAGACGGAAUCCACGUGUUCCUGAAGACCAUCGACCCGGGUCUUGACUGGGAGCCAACACGCACCAUAGGCUCACAUCUCUGGUACAAAGCUUACGUUAAUCUAACACCCGAAACAUGCUACGUACUAGAUGACGGUAACGGACGCGUGGUGGGCUAUUGCAUCGGUACGGCAGAUACGACGUCUUUCGCGCAGCGCUGGCGCGACGUGUUCACUCCGACUAUAGAUCCAAAGCUCGUACCACAUCCGGAUGUUCACACCGGUGAUUCGCAGAUGGAAAGGCAAGAUGCCAAGCACUUUCGAAAGGCUGUGUAUGAAGCGGACUGUAGUAUGCUGCAACCUUGGCCAAAGAUGUUGGAGCACUAUCCGGCGCAUUUGCAUAUCGAUAUUCUGCCGGAAUACCAGAGGAAGGGAUGGGGCUCUGUGCUCAUACAGAGUUUCUUGGGUACAGUGAAGAGUAUGGGUGCGAAGGGGGCCCAUCUUGAUAUGGUGCAGUCAAAUACAAGCGCAAGAGCUUUCUACGAAAGAGUCGGGUUUCAGAUCUGUCCGCAGGUGCUAGAUGAUGGAGCGAGUGGCCAGCCUGGUGUCAACGGCAUCGUUGUCACAUUGGUCAUAGGUCUAUGAUCACCUCAAGUAUCGUCCAAGUUGUUACUCAUUCUACUAUUCUUGGCAACAGGUUGAAGUUCGUUGCAUGAGGAAUCUAUGGGUUGGUCUACAGCUGUUCAAAACGUGGCC